AUGGAGAACGCCAACGGAUUUGGGAUCGACUCCCUCCUCUCCCAUCGAUCCGGGAGCCCAGCCGUGCCCAAAGGGGAUCCACUGCUGGGAGAAACCAGAUCCCCUCUGGAACUUAGCCCUCGCUCCUCGGAACUCAGCAACGGCUGCCUGUCUCCUCCAUCCCCCCGGAGGGACUGCUUGGAAGCGGCAGCCCAGUUACCCGUCGGCGGAGGGGGGGUGAGGCUGGAGCCUCACCUGCCGGGCCCCCCCAUUUCAGCCGCCUCUGCUCAAUCCAGAACGGUCACCUCCUCGUUCCUCAUUAGGGACAUUUUGGCGGACUGCAAGCCCUUGGCGGCCUGCGCCCCUUAUUCCAGCAGCCACGGGCAGGGCGCGCAGGAGGCGCCCAUGUCCGUCCCAGCCAAGGCCAGCAGCGAGGACUUUCGGGAGAAAAUCGAAAAAAGUAGCAGCAACUCUUCCUUGGAUUCGGAAUACAGAGUGAAGGAAGAAGGCGACCGGGAGAUCUCCAGCUCCCGAGAAAGCCCUCCGGUGCGGCUGAAGAAGCCGCGCAAGGCGCGCACCGCCUUCACCGAUCACCAGCUGGCGCAGCUGGAGCGCAGCUUCGAGAGGCAGAAAUAUCUCAGCGUCCAGGAUAGGAUGGAGCUGGCCGCCUCCCUCAACCUCACCGACACCCAAGUGAAAACGUGGUACCAGAACAGAAGGACCAAGUGGAAGAGGCAGACGGCGGUGGGGCUGGAGCUGCUGGCCGAGGCGGGCAACUACUCGGCCCUGCAACGGAUGUUCCCUUCGCCCUAUUUCUACCCGCAAAGUCUGGUCUCCAACCUGGAUCCCGGCGCUGCGCUCUACCUGUACCGGGGACCCAGCGCGCCCCCUCCGGCGCUCCAGCGGCCUCUGGUCCCUCGCAUCCUGAUCCACGGACUGCAAGGGGGCAGCGAGCCCCCGCCGCCUCUGCCCCCGCUGGCCGGCGUCCUCCCCAGAGCCGCUCAGCCCCGGUGA